AUGACGGCGAUGCGAGAAGCUCGUGGAGACUCCGCGUCGGCCGAUCCGAUUAACGGACAAGGAAAGGCGACGAUUAAUGAUAGGAAAUUUGCGUUUUUGAAUCAGAUAACCCGCCCCGACUACCGUAGUCUACCCACCUCAGCUGCCACGUCACAAUCCUCUGUCCCCUCCACUCCAGUCAGUAUUCCCGUCAAGUCAAAUGGCGUUGAGCAGAUUAUUUUUCGUGAAUUCGGAGCUCCAAUUGCCACUCCAGAAGACGAGGAGAUGCUUGAUGAUCUGGAAAUAAAAUCCGAGCCAGUACUCUCACCGCGACGAAAUUUCACGGAUUUUGGGGAAGAGAGCGAGGAAAAGGAGAAUCGAGAAGAGGAUACAGAUGCGGAUACGACGAUUCGGGAAGAGAUUGAUGUGGAAGACGAGGAAGAGGAUUCAGAUGAGAUGAUGAAGACGUCAGAAGUGAUUUAUGAUGAGAAGGAGAAUGAAGAAGACGUGACGGAUUCACAGAUUACUGAAAAGUUGAAAAUAGAGGAAAUCGAUUUCAUCCGUAUGGUUGAAAGUGCUCCAGAACUGUCAUCUUUCGAGAAAUCCCCUGAAGAAGAAGCCGAAGAGAUCCGAAAAAUGACAGAAUCAUUCGGAGAACCGAGGAAAGCAGUCCUCCAUAGAGUAUACGUGACAGAUGACGAUGAGACUGAGACAGAGACGGAAACUGAAAAUGAGGAUUAUGAAGAGGAGGAAGAUGUGGAUGAUGAUGUUAGGAGACAGAUCGCCGCUGUAUCCGACGUGCCCCCAAUGGUGUUUGGCUGGAACGGAAAACGAGAGAAAAUGGAAAAGCCGACGAGUCUCCCACUUCAUUAUGAGAUCGAGGCGGAUUGUUCGACACCGAGGAGAGCUGAAUUUUCGAUUAAUCCGGAAGACGAUACUUCGGAAGACGCCACCACUCAACCCUCUUCCGGCGAUGAAGGUGUUCUCCAACAAUCCCUAAUUCAACUUCAAAAACAACUUCGAAAAACAGACGUCCGCUGUUCGCGUCUCGAGAAGAUUUGUGAAUUCCAACAGAGAGACAUCGACAGCCUCCGAUUCGAGGUCGACUGGAAGGACAAACGAAUCGAAUAUCUACAGAAGACGUUACAGGAAAUGGAGACGUCGUCGACAACGAAUGCGUCAUCUUCUAGAUCUCCUUCAUCCACUUCAUAA